AUGGCGGAAAAAGAUGAAGCUAUGGAGGCUCUGAAAAGGGAGGCUGUGGAUUUGGAAAACAUACCAAUUGAAGAGGUUUUUGAAAAUCUUAGGUGUAGAAAGGAGGGACUCUCAUCUGAGGAUGCUCUCAGAAGGCUCGAAAUCUUUGGUUACAACAAGCUCGAGGAAAAGGAGGAGAAUAAGAUUCUGAAGUUCUUAGGAUUUAUGUGGAAUCCUCUUUCGUGGGUGAUGGAAGCUGCAGCGAUUAUGGCCAUUGCUCUUGCUAAUGGAGGAGGAAAACCACCAGAUUGGCAAGACUUUGUUGGGAUUAUUACUCUUCUGGUGAUCAACUCGACCAUUAGUUUCAUAGAGGAGAACAAUGCUGGUAAUGCUGCUGCAGCUCUCAUGGCUCAUCUUGCUCCCAAAGCUAAAGUUCUACAUGAUGGGAAAUGGAGUGAAGUAGAUGCCUCCGUUCUUGUUCCAGGUGACGUUAUCAGUAUAAAGCUCGGGGAUAUAGUUCCAGCUGAUGCUCGUCUCCUUGAUGGUGAUCCCUUAAAGAUAGACCAGUCUGCUCUCACAGGGGAAUCCCUUCCUGCGACGAAAGGUCCUGGGGAUGGUGUUUAUUCAGGGUCCACAUGCAAACAAGGGGAGAUUGAAGCAGUAGUCAUUGCUACUGGUGUUCAUACUUUCUUUGGCAAGGCUGCCCAUCUUGUUGACUCCACUAAUCAAGUGGGACAUUUUCAGAGGGUUUUGACUGCCAUUGGAAAUUUCUGCAUAUGUUCCAUAGCCGUGGGAAUGAUUGUUGAGAUCAUUGUAAUGUACCCGAUUCAGCAUCGGCCUUAUCGUCCAGGAAUUGAUAAUUUACUUGUGCUUCUUAUUGGAGGAAUUCCAAUUGCAAUGCCAACUGUUCUGUCCGUGACAAUGGCAAUUGGUUCUCACCGUUUAUCGCAGCAGGGAGCCAUCACCAAACGAAUGACUGCCAUAGAAGAAAUGGCCGGCAUGGAUGUACUUUGCAGUGACAAAACUGGAACCUUGACAUUAAACAAAUUAACUGUUGACAAAAAUCUUGUGGAGGUCUUCAAUAAAGGAGUGGAUGCAGAUACAGUUGUUUUAAUGGCUGCCAGAGCUUCUCGGUUGGAAAAUCAAGAUGCUAUUGAUGCUGCUAUAGUGGGGAUGUUGGCCGACCCCAUGGAGGCACGUGCUGGAAUUCAAGAGGUACAUUUCCUGCCUUUCAACCCAACGGAUAAGCGCACAGCUUUGACAUAUAUUGACAGUGAAGGAAAAAUGCAUAGAGUCAGCAAAGGUGCCCCUGAGCAGAUCUUGAAUCUUGCACACAACAAAUCUGAGAUAGAGCGUAGAGUUCACUCUGUGAUUGAUAAGUUUGCUGAGCGAGGGUUGCGGUCUCUUGCAGUAGCUUACCAGGAUGUUCCUGAAGGAAGGAAGGAGAGUCCAGGGGGUCCAUGGCAAUUUGUUGGCCUCCUUUCUCUGUUUGAUCCGCCUAGGCAUGAUAGUGCCGAGACAAUCCAAAGGGCUUUGAAUCUUGGAGUGAACGUUAAGAUGAUUACUGGCGAUCAGUUAGCAAUAGGAAAAGAAACGGGACGUCGUCUGGGGAUGGGAACCAACAUGUAUCCAUCAUCGGCUUUAUUAGGGCAUGACAAAGAUGAGUCCAUUGUUGCUUUGCCUAUUGACGAGCUAAUAGAAAAGGCUGACGGUUUUGCUGGUGUUUUUCCUGAGCAUAAAUAUGAAAUUGUAAAACGUUUGCAAGCUAGAAAACAUAUAUGUGGAAUGACUGGUGAUGGGGUCAAUGAUGCUCCUGCACUAAAGAAGGCAGACAUUGGAAUAGCUGUUGCUGAUGCGACAGAUGCUGCACGAAGUGCUUCUGACAUAGUCCUGACAGAACCUGGUCUCAGUGUUAUCAUUAGUGCUGUUCUAACUAGUCGGGCCAUCUUUCAGAGGAUGAAAAACUACACAAUAUAUGCUGUUUCCAUCACAAUCCGUAUUGUGCUUGGUUUCAUGUUACUUGCACUCAUAUGGAAGUUUGACUUCCCACCCUUCAUGGUUCUCAUAAUUGCCAUCCUUAACGAUGGUACCAUUAUGACAAUAUCGAAGGAUAGGGUGAAACCAUCUCCUUUACCUGACAGCUGGAAGCUCUCCGAGAUUUUUGCGACAGGAAUCAUUCUUGGAGGUUACCUGGCAAUGAUGACAGUCAUCUUCUUCUGGGCAGCAUAUGACACAGACUUUUUCCCUCGUGUAUUUGGGGUUGCAACUCUCGAGAAGGGGGCUCAUGAUGACUUCAAAAAGCUGGCCUCAGCAAUAUACUUGCAAGUGAGUAUCAUCAGUCAAGCCCUCAUAUUUGUGACAAGAUCCAGGAGUUGGUCUUUUGUAGAGCGUCCAGGACUUCUGCUUGUGGGGGCUUUCCUUAUUGCGCAACUGAUUGCUACAUUAAUUGCUGUGUAUGCAAACUGGAAUUUCUCUGCAAUUGAAGGCAUUGGAUGGGGCUGGGCAGGGGUUAUAUGGCUUUAUAACCUCGUAUUUUACUUUCCACUCGAUUUGAUCAAAUUCUUCAUCCGAUAUGUCUUGAGUGGGAGGGCUUGGGAUCUCGUUAUAGACCAAAGGAUUGCGUUUACAAGGAAAAAGGAUUUUGGAAAGGAAGAUCGUGAGCUUAAAUGGGCUCAGGCACAGAGGACUCUCCAUGGUUUGUAUCAACCAGAGACACGGUUUGCUGAUCGUAGUAAUUUCAAUGAGCUUAAUCAGAUUGCUGAAGAGGCGAAGCGGCGAGCUGAGAUAGCAAGGCUAAGAGAACUGACUACACUGAAGGGCCAUGUCGAAUCCGUUGUAAAACUGAAGAAUCUCGACAUAGAAACAAUUCAGCAGUCAUACACAGUUUGA